CUUCAAACUCGCUCUCACUCACUCUCUCUUCCACCACAUCCACCCACAAACAUGACAACAAAUCUCAGCGCAAUCGCUGGCCCAAGCAGGCAUGCUUCCACCCAACAACCAAAGGUAGAGCCAGUCUCUCCCCUAAACUCGAUUACCGACAUCCAACAACCUACUCAGCCUUCCGAGGGCGGCGUCUCCAAACCAGGACUCAGCGUCGGUGAGAAUGGAGAGGUCAUAAAGGUGCCCGCCUUCCUCAACAAGCUCUUCAGUAUGGUCUCCGACUCGGACACGGACGACUUGAUAUACUGGGCCGACUCUGGCGAUUCUUUCUUUGUGCCCAACCAUGAGCGGUUUGGCAAGGAGCUCCUUCCCCGGUUCUUCAAGCACGCCAACUUUUCGAGUUUUGUCCGCCAGCUCAACAUGUACGGCUUCCACAAGGUCCCUCAUCUACAGUCUGGGGUGCUCAAGAACGAGUCGCCAUCCGAGUUGUGGGAGUUUGUCAACCCCUUCUUCAAGCGCGACCAGCCUCAGCUGCUUUCCCGCGUAACUCGAAAGAACAACAGACCGGCCCAGGCGCCCACUCCCUCUCAAGGAUCCACCGGGACGAGGUCCUCGGCCAGGCAAGCUGCUGCCAACGCCGCCAUCGGCAGCACUGGUUACGGUACGGUGCACCUCUUGACGGAUGGAACCAUCGAGGGCGAGGCGGGUCCUCUGAUCGGACCGGCUGGUCAGCUGGCCGACCUGCACGCCAUUCAGUCCGGCAUCAACGCGAUCCGCCAAACGCAGGCUGCCAUUGGUGCCGACUUGAAGGCCCUCCAGGCGUCCAACGAGCACCUCUGGCGCGAGGCGAUCGAGUCAAGGGACCGCCAGCAGAAGCACGAGGAGACGAUUGACUUGAUCGUGUCGUUCCUUGAGCGCCUGUUCGGUACCGAAGGUGAAGGCCUCAAGGGCCUCAAGGAGGCUAUGCGCCGGGGCGGUAUGGGCACCCGUAACCGCGAGGAUAGCACAUCCGAGGAGCAAGGUAGCAAGAAGCGCCGUCGCCUGAUGAUCGAGGACAACCGGGACAAUGCCGAGCCGGCCAGCGGCAGCCGUCUGGUCGAGAUCCAGGAGCCCAGCUCGACCGACCCGUACCCCUCGUCGACGUCGGGCCGAUCCAGCGCCGAGCCUUGGUCGUCGACAUCGCACCGCUUCACUGCCUUGCCGACUGAUGAGGACGGCGUUUCGCCCUACACCUCCAAGACCGGCUUUACCCCGGCCCACGACCCGACAUUACACCAGGGAGCCAUCUCCCCACUGUCUGAUGCUGCCGACGCCCGUUCGAGCGACAAACAUGCCAUUGCCCACUACACGGGUGGCGCCAAUGGCGAGAAUGCUGCUGGGCUCAACCUCGACCCCAACCUGCUGCAGACGACGAUCGGCUCGCUCCUCCAGUCGCCUGCUGCUGCCGAAAUGUUCCUCAACUCGCUCAAUGCGUCGUCUCAAGGACAGGCGUUAUCGAGCGUCAAGGGACAGAACGUGCAGCCUUCUCCCCCGCACAGCGACCUGUCUUCCGACCCGACCAUGGCCCUCUUCUCUCCUCUUCCACACCAGCAAGGCAUCAUCAACCAGAACAGCGACCUGAUUGGAGCUUAUCAAAAGGCGGCCGAUGUCGGCCAGGACGUCGACAAGCUGCAGGAGAGCAUCGACUCGUUGGUUCGCAGCAUGGGGCUCGACUUGCCGCAGACUCCGGGCGGCAGUAUCGCCGGGCUGUCUGCUGCGGCGCACGCGCCUAGUAGCACCACCACCACCACCACAGCUACGGCACCCGCUCGCUCGCAGCAGCAGGGCCAAGCGGGGCAGGGCGAGGCGCCGCUGUCGGUGCACGCUGCGGACGGCGCUUUUGACGACUCGGAGUUCAAUGUCGACGAGUUCCUCGACUCGCUCGCCAAGAAUAAUGCGGACGGUGAUGAGCACGAUGGGGCCAGCAUUGGCGUGUUUGCGCGCCCGCUCUCGUCGGACGCAAAGGCAAAGUGCACGCGGUGGGUGGUACGCAACGCGAGCCUGACGGCGGUGCGCGAGAGCCCGACGCCGCUCGUGCUGCUCCGCACGCCGGGCAUCACGUGGCCGCAGGCGGACCCGGCGGCGGACGCGACGUGGGAGAACUGGGCCGACCUGUUCGCGCAGCGCGGGUACACGACGGUCGAGGUGGACGUGGCGACGGGCGCGGGCGCCGUGGCCGCCGAGGCCAAUGCCGCGGCCGGCAAGGGCGUCGGCGGACCGACUGGCGACGGCGAGGCCGCGUCGCCCAUCGCCGCCGCGUCGAAAGCGCUCAACGCCGAGCUCCGCCUCCUCAACAUCCCCUUCUCGCCGGUGAUCAUCGCGUCCGGGCCAGCGGCGCUCGUGGCGCAGGCGUACGUGUCCGACUUCCCCGCCUCCGGGUUGGUGCUCGUCUCGCCCCCGCCCGACGCGGACCCGCACGACGCGGCAGACAAGGCAGCGUUCCCGUGGCCCACAUUCAACUACGAGCCGACGUUCCCCAUCCUCCUGCUCACGUCAGCGCAGCGCGAGGGCGCCGUGCUCGCUACCCGCGUCGGCCAGGCAGCCAAGGACGGCACCGGCCGCGGCGCACGCGGCGUGAGCCUCGCCGUCGCGCCGGACGUGCCGCGUGGGAACACCGCGUUCUAUGAAGUCGAGCGCUGGAUGGACAAGGCGGGGUACUAAGUUCAGUCUAGACAGUAUGCAUGUGGCGUCUAUGCGAUGAAGA